AUGGCGUAUUCGCAAGGAAAGUCAAAUGACGCGCAUGCGGCGGGUCCCGAGGUCGUCUCCGAACUUCGGGGCGCAAGCUCGGCAAGUGCGGGCCGAAGUGCGGACCGCGCUCUCGGCCCGCACUAUUCCAUGUUUUCAUUUCCACUAGCGCGUACAAGCGAUGAGAUGAUCGCCUAUUUGGAGAUUAUGGAGGCCUUGAUCCGUCUCAUAUUCAUGCCUUAUAUGCGGGUGCCGAUCUUUCCCAUGAAGGUACACUCUAAAUUACCGGAGCCAAAUACGAUCACGUGGUAG